UUGAACUUUCAGUCACGUGACUGAGUCACGAGGAAAGUUCAGCCACAGGUGAUCAGCUGGUCACAGGACGGUCACCUGGUACCACCUGCCUCCCUGCACGUUUCCAGUGGAGUAAAGCAUUGUUCUAACCACCAGCCAUGAGGUUGCUCGUAGUGCUCCUGUGCUGCCUGGCCCUCUGCAGUGCUGUGCCAUUCCCCAAGGGGGCGCACCAAUGCCCUGAUAUCUGCCAACCUGAAGAAACAUGCUGCAAGUCCAACAGUACACUGACACAUGGCUGCUGUCCUAUUUCUCAGGCUACCUGUUGCAGUGACGGCCUCCACUGCUGUCCCAGCGGUUUCAAGUGUGACAUUUCCCAGAAUGCCUGCCUGCAGGGAGACCUGACCUUGAACUGGUCACCCAAAAUGGAGGUCAAAUUCCAUGCCACGAUCACGUGUCCGGGUGGAACUCACGACUGUCCUCAGAAUACCACAUGUUGUUUGACCGGCAAGGGGGACUAUGGGUGCUGCCCUCUUGUGAAGGCUGCCUGCUGUAAGGACCACACCCACUGCUGCCCCUCUGGCUUCAAAUGUGACGAGUCAGCGGGAAAGUGUCGCCAAGGCAACAGGACACUCCCCUUCCUGGAGAAGUUUGCGGCCAGACCCAGGACAGCUGCGAACCAAGAACAGGUGUGCCCUGGCGGGACGUCCACCUGUCCCACCACCAGCACCUGCUGUAUGCUGAAGAAUGGAAAGUAUGGCUGCUGUCCCAUGGAAAAGGCUGUGUGCUGUGAAGACAAGGUCCACUGCUGUCCCAGCGGCUUCACCUGUGCAGCUACCAAGUGUAAGAAAGGAGAAUACAGCAUUCCUUUGUUCCGCAAAACAGAAGCUAAGAUCAGGCAAACGGACCCAGCAAAAGACGCCAAAGUUGUGACGUGUCCCGACGGUCUGUCCGCCUGUAAGGACAACACCACCUGCUGUAAGGAUGACACUGGAGAAUACGGCUGCUGUCCAAUUCCACAGGCGGAGUGCUGUAAUGAUCAGAUCCACUGCUGUCCUGCUGGCUUCACCUGUCAGACCGAAAAGGGGAAAUGCUCCAAGGGAGGUGUGGUCGUCCCGCUCCUGACUAAAACACGGCCUGACAUGCUGUCAGACUUUGACUUUGAUUUAGAGGAGGUUGAUUCCGUCCAUUGCGAUGAUGGGAGUGCCUGUCCAAAUCAUCACACCUGUUGCAAGACUCAGACUGGAAAAUAUGGAUGUUGUCCGUUGCCAAAGGCUGUGUGCUGUCAGGAUGAGGUUCACUGCUGUCCUGACGGCUACACCUGUGACACUGCCAAGAGCAGGUGUAUCAAGGGCGACAUGACCCUCCCCUGGCUUGAGAAACGACCUUCAAAGUCCUCAAGGAAGGUCACCAAAGAGGACCCUGGAACCAGGCCCCCUCCCGGUGCAGUGGUCUGUCCCGACCACGUGUCGAUGUGCCCCGACAACAACACCUGCUGUCUGCUGCAGGAUGGGAGCUACGGCUGCUGCCCCCAGCCACAUGCUGUUUGCUGCAGCGACCGUAAGCACUGCUGCCCACAAGGCUACACCUGCGACACCUCACAGGGAAAGUGCCUGCAGGGCUACAGAACCAUCCCGUGGAUAGAGAACACGGUCGCGCCCCCCAACAAGGUCGUGACUCCCUUCAAGGUCGCGACUCCCUUCAAGGUCGAGCCCCCAGUCAACCCCAUUGACUGUGAUGAGGAAGGCAAGGUCAAGUGCCCAGAUAAGAACACCUGCUGCAAGAAGACAACAGGAGAAUGGGGGUGCUGUCCUCUCGAGAAGGCCCUGUGCUGUGAGGACAAGGUCCACUGCUGCCCCCACGGUACUGUGUGUAACAAAACGUCCGGAGAGUGUCACUACCCUGACGGCACCACCCAGGCCUGGGUGCAGAAGACACCACCACUCCUGGAUGUCAGGGAUGAUGUGAAAGAUGUGCCGUGUCCAGAUGGAAAGUCCGCAUGUGAAGAAGAUUACACCUGCUGUAAGAACAGCACAGGCUACGGCUGCUGUCCCUUCUUCAAGGCUGUCUGUUGUAACGACACUGUUCACUGCUGUCCCCAACACUACACCUGCAACUCUGGGGCUCCAGGAACCUGUAUCCACAACUUCCUGCCCACUGUCCCAAUGGCCAAGAAGACUACUCCAAAGAUGGUACAACUCCACAACGAAGAGAUUGAAACUGACAAUGAGAUACUGAACAAUGUAAGGUGCGACACAUUCCAUGAGUGCCCAGCUAACAAUACGUGCUGUAAGCUUUCCUCUGGACAGUGGGGCUGCUGUCCCUUGCCUUCGGCUGUCUGCUGUGACGACCAUGUCCACUGCUGUCCUGAAGAUACAACAUGCAGUGUGUCCACUGGAAAAUGUCACAAAGGUGAUGCCAGCAUUACUUGGUUUGAGAAGUUGCCUGCUAAGACUGUUCAGAAUGACCCAAACAUCAUGUGUGAUGCCACCCACGAAUGCCCUUCAAAACACACAUGCUGUAAGCUGGCCUCUGGACAGUGGGGCUGCUGUCCCUUACCCAGUGCUGUCUGCUGUAACGACCAUGUUCACUGCUGUCCUGAAGGAACAACAUGCAAAGUCUCGACAGGAAAGUGUGAAAAGGGAGACAUCACCUUGGCUUGGUUUGAGAAAACAAGUGCCAUAACAGUUGAAGAUGCACCAAAUGUCAUGUGUGAUGCCACCCAUGAAUGCAAAGCUAAAGAAACGUGCUGUAAACUAAAGUCUGGACAGUGGGGCUGCUGUCCUUUGCCAAAGGCUGUCUGCUGUGAUGACAAAGUUCACUGCUGUCCUGAAGGAACAACCUGUAGUGUGUCCACUGGAAAAUGCAACAAAGGUGAUGUUAGCUUAGCCUGGUUUGAAAAGUCGCCUGCUAAGAAUGUCCAAAAUGACCAAAACAUCAUGUGUGACGCCACCCACGAGUGUCCUUCAAAACACACGUGCUGUAAGCUGGCCUCUGGACAGUGGGGCUGCUGUCCCUUACCCAGUGCUGUCUGCUGUAAUGACCACGUCCACUGCUGUCCUGAAGAUACUACAUGCGAGGUUUCAUCUGGAAAGUGCAAGAGAAAAGACAUCAGCUUUCCCUGGUUUGAGAAAGUUCCAGCCAUAACAACAGCACAAGAAGUUUCAAAUGUGAAAUGCGACGCCACCCACGAAUGCCCUUCAAAACACACGUGCUGUAAGCUGACCUCUGGACAGUGGGGCUGCUGUCCCUUACCCAGUGCUGUCUGCUGUAACGACCACGUCCACUGCUGUCCCGAAGAUACUACAUGUGAAGUGUCUUCUGGAAAGUGCAAGAGAAAAGAUUCAAGCAUUCCCUGGUUUGAGAAAGUCCCAGCUAUAACAACAGCACAAGUUUCAAAUGUGAAAUGCGAUGCCACCCAUGAAUGCCCUACAAAACACACGUGCUGUAAGCUGGCCUCUGGACAGUGGGGCUGCUGUCCCUUACCCAGUGCUGUCUGCUGUAACGACCAUGUCCACUGCUGUCCCGAAGAUACUACAUGCAGUGUGUCCACAGGAAAGUGUGAAAAGGGAGAAAACAGUCUACCAUGGUUUGAGAAAACAAGUGCCAUAACAGUUGAAGAUGCACCAAAUGUCAUGUGUGAUGCCACCCAUGAAUGCAAAGCUAAAGAAACUUGCUGUAAGCUGGCCUCUGGACAGUGGGGCUGCUGUCCUCUUCCAAAGGCUGUCUGCUGUGACGACCAUGUUCACUGCUGUCCAGAAGGAACAACCUGUAGUGUGUCAACUGGAAAAUGUCACAAAGGUGACAUAAGCAUUCCAUGGUUUGAGAAACAUUCAGCUAUUACGAAGGAAAAUGAAGUUUCAAAUGUAAAAUGCGACGACACCCACGAAUGCCCUUCAAAACACACGUGCUGUAAGCUGGCCUCUGGACAGUGGGGCUGCUGUCCCUUACCCAGUGCUGUCUGCUGCAACGACCAUGUUCACUGCUGUCCUGAAGAUACAACAUGUGAGGUGUCAUCUGGAAAAUGCAAGAGAAAGGAUUCUAGCAUUCCCUGGUUUGAGAAAGUUCCAGCCAUAACAACUGUACAAGAAGUUUCAAACGUGAAAUGCGAUGCCACCCAUGAAUGCCCUUCAAAACACACGUGCUGUAAGCUGGCCUCUGGACAGUGGGGCUGCUGUCCCUUACCCAGUGCUGUCUGCUGUAACGACCAUGUUCACUGCUGUCCUGAAGAUACAACAUGCGAGGUGUCUUCCGGAAAGUGCAAGAGAAAAGAUACUACCAUUCCCUGGUUUGAGAAAGUCCCAGCUAUAACAACAGUACAAGAAGUUUCAAACGUGAAAUGUGACGCCACCCACGAAUGCCCUUCAAAACACACGUGCUGUAAGCUGGCCUCUGGACAGUGGGGUUGCUGUCCCUUACCCAGUGCUGUCUGCUGUAACGACCAUGUUCACUGCUGUCCCGAAGAUACUACAUGCAGUGUGUCGACAGGAAAAUGUGAAAAGGGAGAAAUCAGCCUCGAUUGGUUUGAGAAAACAAGUGCCAUAACAGUUGAAGAUACACCAAAUGUUAUGUGUGAUGCCACCCAUGAAUGCAAAGCUAAAGAAACUUGCUGUAAGCUGGCCUCUGGACAGUGGGGCUGCUGUCCUCUUCCAAAGGCUGUCUGCUGUGAUGACAAAGUUCACUGCUGUCCUGAAGGAACUACAUGUAGUGUGUCAACUGGUAAAUGUCACAAAGGUGAUGUUAGCAUUACUUGGUUCGAGAAAGUGCCAAGUAUAGCAAUGGAGGAAGAAGUUUUCAAUGUAAAAUGUGACGCCACCCACGAGUGCCCUUCGAAACACACAUGCUGUAAGCUGGCCUCUGGACAGUGGGGCUGCUGUCCCUUACCCAGUGCUGUCUGCUGUAACGACCAUGUUCACUGCUGUCCUGAAGAUACAACAUGCGAGGUGUCUUCCGGAAAGUGCAAGAGAAAAGAUACUACCAUUCCCUGGUUUGAGAAAGUCCCAGCUAUAACAACAGUACAAGAAGUUUCAAACAUGAAAUGUGACGCCACCCACGAAUGCCCUUCAAAACACACGUGCUGUAAGCUGGCCUCUGGACAGUGGGGCUGCUGUCCCUUACCCAGUGCUGUCUGCUGUAACGACCAUGUUCACUGCUGUCCUGAAGAUACAACAUGCGAGGUGUCUUCCGGAAAGUGCAAGAGAAAAGAUACUACCAUUCCCUGGUUUGAGAAAGUCCCAGCUAUAACAACAGUACAAGAAGUUUCAAACGUGAAAUGUGACGCCACCCACGAAUGCCCUUCAAAACACACGUGCUGUAAGCUGGCCUCUGGACAGUGGGGUUGCUGUCCCUUACCCAGUGCUGUCUGCUGUAACGACCAUGUUCACUGCUGUCCCGAAGGAACAACAUGCAGUGUGUCGACAGGAAAAUGUGAAAAGGGAGAAAUCAGCCUCGAUUGGUUUGAGAAAACAAGUGCCAUAACAGUUGAAGAUACACCAAAUGUUAUGUGUGAUGCCACCCAUGAAUGCAAGGCUAAAGAAACGUGCUGUAAGCUGGCCUCUGGACAGUGGGGCUGCUGUCCUCUUCCAAAGGCUGUCUGCUGUGAUGACAAAGUUCACUGCUGUCCUGAGGGAACUACCUGUAGUGUGUCAACUGGAAAAUGUCACAAAGGUGACGCCAGCAUUACUUGGUUUGAGAAAAUUCCGGCUAUAACAACUGAAGAAGUUUCAAAUGUAAAAUGUGAUGCAACCCAUGAAUGUCCUUCAAAACACACGUGCUGUAAGCUGGCCUCUGGACAGUGGGGCUGCUGUCCCUUACCCAGUGCUGUCUGCUGUAACGACCAUGUCCACUGCUGUCCCGAAGGAACAACAUGUGAGGUUUCUUCAGGAAAGUGCAAGAGAAAAGAUGUUAGCAUUACCUGGUUUGAGAAAGUUCCAGCUAUAACAACUGAAGAAGUUUCAAAUGUCAAAUGUGACGCCACCCACGAGUGCCCUUCAAAACACACAUGCUGUAAGCUGGCCUCUGGACAGUGGGGCUGCUGUCCCUUACCCAGUGCUGUCUGCUGUAACGACCAUGUUCACUGCUGUCCUGAGGGAACAACUUGCAGUGUUUCGACAGGAAAAUGUGAAAAGGGAGAAAUUAAUAUUCCUUGGUUUGAGAAAACAAGUGCCAUAACAGUUGAAGAGGCACCAAAUGUCAUGUGUGAUGCCACCCAUGAAUGCAAAGCUAAAGAAACUUGCUGUAAGCUGGCUUCUGGACAGUGGGGCUGCUGUCCUCUUCCAAAGGCUGUCUGCUGUGAUGAUCACGUCCACUGCUGUCCUGAAGGAACUACAUGUAGUGUGUCAACUGGUAAAUGUCACAAAGGUGACAUAAGCAUUACUUGGUUCGAGAAAGUGCCAAGUAUAGCAAUGGAGGAAGAAGUUUCCAAUGUAAAAUGCGAUGCCACCCACGAAUGCCCUUCAAAACACACAUGCUGUAAGCUGGCCUCUGGACAGUUGGGCUGCUGUCCCUUACCCAGUGCUGUCUGCUGUAACGACCACGUUCACUGCUGUCCUGAAGAUACAACGUGCGAGGUUUCAUCUGGAAAGUGCAAGAGAAAGGAUGCUACCAUUCCUUGGUUUGACAAAGUUCCAGCUAUAACAACUGAAGAAGUUUCAAAUGUAAAAUGCGAUGCCUCCCACGAAUGCCCUUCAAAACACACAUGCUGUAAGCUGGCCUCUGGACAGUGGGGCUGCUGUCCCUUACCCAGUGCUGUCUGCUGUAACGACCAUGUUCACUGCUGUCCCGAAGAUACUACAUGCGAGGUGUCUUCUGGAAAGUGUAAGAGAAAAGACAUCAGCUUUCCUUGGUUUGAGAAGAAAGCAGCCAUUAAUGUUGAAGAAAGCCCAAACAUUAAAUGUGACUCCACCCAUGAGUGCAAGGCCACUGACACUUGCUGUAAACUAAAGUCUGGACAGUGGGGCUGCUGUCCUCUUCCAAAGGCUGUCUGCUGUGAUGACAAAGUUCAUUGCUGUCCUGAAGGAACUACCUGUAGUGUGUCAACUGGUAAAUGUCACAAAGGUGAUGUUAGCAUUCCCUGGUUUGAGAAAGUUCCAGCUAUAACAGCUGACAAAGAAGUCUCCAAUGUCAAAUGUGAUGCCACCCACGAGUGUCCUUCAAAACACACGUGCUGUAAGCUGGCCUCUGGACAGUGGGGCUGCUGUCCCUUACCCAGUGCUGUCUGCUGUAACGACCACGUCCACUGCUGUCCAGAAGGAACUACUUGUAGUGUGUCAACGGGAAAAUGCAAGCAUGGUGACAUCAGCUUACCCUGGUUUGAGAAGAAGGCUGCUUUAACAGUGGAUGUUGAGAAGACCCCCUGUCCCGGAGGUAAGCAGGAAUGCGCAACAAACUUCACCUGCUGCCAGAGAGGAGCCACACCUUACACAUGGGGGUGCUGCGACUUCCCUAACGCUGUAUGUUGUCCAGACCGUAAGACCUGCUGUCCUAAAGGCUACCACUGUGAUCCCAGCAGAGCAACAUGCUUCAAGAGUGAAAGUGAUGAAAUUGUUGUAGCCAAGCAACUUGCCAUACCGGAUACUGUACAGUCUGAGGUGGGAAAUGUGAUAUGUCCUGGUGGUGAGUACCAGUGCCCAGAGAAGACCACCUGUUGUGUGAGUCCCUCUGGUACAUUUGGAUGCUGUCCUGUCCCCGAGGCUGUAUGCUGUGCGGAUGGGGUACACUGUUGCCCAAAGGACCACACGUGUGAUCCAUCAUCACAGAUUUGUAAGAGUGCCAGUGGUCAACUACCCUGGCUGGACAAGCUGUUAGCCAAACAAGUAAAGGUGAAAGAUAUUAAGUGUGGCAGUAGCACCUCCACUUGCGGAGAUACAGAGACGUGCUGUAAGAUGGCUACUGGACAGUGGGGAUGCUGCCCCAUGCCUAAGGCUGUCUGCUGCGAGGACCACCUCCACUGCUGUCCCAGAGGCUACAAGUGCGACAUGCCGACCAGUACGUGUAUCCGUGGUAACGACGUCCUUCCCAUGGCCAAGAAAAGACCUGCAAACGUCUUCAACAAAUCUUAAAGUCAUGAUCUUACAACAUUCCCUCACAAACUGACAUUACACACUUAAGGACUCUCUGACUAAGUUUGUAUCCCCCCUCGACCCGGUUUAGUUGACUUACGUAUCCAGACCUUAGCCUCCUUAAUCCAUGAAAAACACCUGUUAAGUAUGAAUUUUCUAAAUUUAUAAAGGAAAUGAAAAGAAAUGAAACUCAAAUCUCCUGAAAGAAACUGCAAGUUGGGUUGGGUCGACUUUCGUAUCCAGACAGCCUCCUUAAUCCAUGAAAAACACCUGUUAUGUAUGAAUUUUCUAAAUUUAUAAAGGAAAUGAAAUGAAAUGAAUCUCAAAUCUCCUGAAAGAAACUACAAGUUUGUAAUAAAUUUGUAAAGUCAAAACAGAGACCACGUAUUAUAAUAAGGGACUUGAUGAAAAUGGUCACAGUAGCCAAGUGAGCGCUAUAGACAGGAUUCUUCUUGUUUGCAUCAAUGGGAAAACAUUUAAAAUGGCCAUAGUAACCAGGUAGCCUUUAUGCAGAGGUGGUCCUUAUGUCGAUAUGAUCACUUAAGUAUAGGUUUGUGUGUAUAUAGAUAGCCAGGUGGUCCUUAAUUAAGUAGAAGUGGUCACCUGUACAGGUUUGACUGACUAUAUCAAUGGCGAGGGGUCCUUAUGUGGAGGUGGUCACUUGCAUAGGUUUGACUGUAUAUCAAUAGCCAGAUGGUCCUUACAUGAAGAGAUUGUCACCUGUACUGGUUUGACCAUUGUCAUAUGUAAUCUUCAAUUUUUCUUCAUAAUAUGCAAGAGCUCUUGCUAAGCAGGUCACCAGUACAAGAGUACUGUUUGUUCAUGCCAUAUUUGGCUAAAAUGAAUUGCCAAUUGUUAAAAUUCGAAUUCUUAUCAAUCAAGAGAAGCUAAAUCAUUAUCAAAAUGAUUCACUGAGCAGAAAGUGACAGUUGUCUUGUGAGCUUACUCUGUUACCAAGUUGGUAGAAAAAGAGAACUAAAUUACCAUGAGAUAUCAAGAAGCAAUGCGGCUGCUACAAAUAAUAUACAAUCAUGUACAAGUAUACCACUUCUUUGAAAUUUUAUAAGAUUUGAGGGCAUCAUUUAAAAUGAUUGUAUAAAAGUAAGAAAAAUUUAUUGGUAUAUAAGAUAUAAUGGUAGUUUGUUCCAAGGCAUAUAUAUAUCAAGCCUGUGCAUGUACGUAAAUCAGAGUUAAAACAUGCCCAAGAUAUUUGGUUGCAAAAUAAUUUUCAUUAUUUUUCUUGCUACUGAAGCAAACUUUGACACAUAAAAGAAAUGUUUAGCCUAGUAAAUAGAUUUUGAUCUUGAUUGGUCUUUUUGUACAAAACUCAAAGUUCAACACUUUGCCUGCUUGCAUUCACUAUUCGAAAGAUAUUCAAGUUGCUAUUGGAUAAGUGUAAAAGAUGUGCAGGUAAUUGUAAUGGGGAUGUGUAUGGUUUUUGUAUGCUGCUAGUUUAAGACUAAGAUAUGCAAAAGAAGAGUAUGCAAAAUUGAUCUGUACAAAGUUUCAGUCUGAUAGUAUUCAUUUUUUUUAUUUCUUUAAAAGAACAGAUGUCUGAUGUAUUGAUAGUAUGCACAGAUGAUACAGAAUUUGGUAGCUUUUGUAAACAACUUGUAAAGUUGCUUGGUGGUGGUGUUUUUUGUGCUAGUCAUUUUGUAUAUUUGUAUUGUAACAUUAUAGUUUUUUGCACUAAUUAGACGAUAAAACUUAAGCCUAUUUUUCAUUUCUGUUACUCCAAUGUGAGAUCUUUUUUCUGGCUGUUCAUGUAGUUACAGCUUAGCGUUGGUUCACCUUUAUCUGCGGGGUAACCUAUAUCCGUUGCACUUUUAGACAGGGUAUUUAGGGACAUUAAGCGGACAAAGGUGGAUUCAAACUGCAUUAUUUUGAAGCCAACGUCCGUGAACUUUAUACCACUAUCAUGUGUUUAUAUCCUUGUAUUAAUUAGAUACGACUGAUAAAGUUUACCCUGCGGAUAAAGGUGUACUAGCGUUACAUGUAGUUGCAGUUACAGAUAGUGGAAUAUCAAAGGAUAUUUUCAAUUCAUCAAAUUGAAUGUAAAUACUAUAUAUCAGGGAAUAUGAAUGACUUGUAAAGGAGAUAUGAUGAUUGUAUUCAUGUGUCUGGGAAUGUAAUAUCUUGGGUGCCAAAAGAUGAUACUUUUAAGUACCAAUUAACUUGGAUAUUAUUGUCAGGUGUGCUUUCUUCAUUAAUUGUAAUACAAAUGUUGUCAUUUGA